AUGCCGCUGGCAAAGGAGUGGGACAGUUACGAAGAGGACGAGUGGUAUUCCAAAACUACGAAGGACCACCUGAACAUCCGUCAUGUUCAUCCUCCAGCAUCCAAAACCCCGCCCCGGAGAACUGUGGAUGAUGCGCAUUAUCGUCCCGACUAUGCUCGCCACACAACCGAGUACCUGGCCCCAGAAGUGCAUUACACGACCGGUCUCCAUAGGACCCGCUCACAAGGUCACGCGCCCGCCCCCAAUGUGACAAUCUACAACACCAGUCACUUGGACAAUGAUAGCCGACCAGUUUUGCGCUCUGAGCAGAAGGGCCCAGAGGUCAGUCGCGGUCGACGCGAACAGAAGAUGCCUGGUGCAUUUGAGGAUUUGGAGGAUGAGAUCGCUGGGUUGAGGGCAGAUCUAAAGAAGGAACACCGUUCGCGCUCUAGGCACGAGUACCAUGAACGCCAACGCUCUCCAGAGCCCAACUAUGCGGACAAGAUCAAGUUGACACUCGCUGAGCAACGCCUCAAAGAUCUUGAAGAUAAGCUUGAGAGAGAGCGGCAGGAGCGAUACCAUCAUCACUCUCCAGACCGUAGCUACGAGGACAAGAUGAAACUGGCGCUCGCGCAACAGCGACUACGAGACUCUGAAAAAGAACUCGAGAGGGAAAGACGUCAUCAUUCGCCAGAUCACGGCUACGAAGACAAGGUGAACUUGGCACUGUCGCAACAGCGACUCCGAGAAGCUGAAGAGAAACUCGAAAGGGAACGACGAGAGGAGGAAAUGGAUAGACGGGCGGAACUGGUAAGACGCAGGGUGGAGCUUGACUUCAUCCAGGAUAGAAGAGAGCGCGAGGCAGAAGAGGAUAGGAUCAAGAGGGCAGAGGAGAGUAUGCGUCGCGACUGGGAGCUGCAGCGAACGAAGGAAGAACGAGAUCGCGAACGACGCGAGGUCGAAGAAGAGAAGAAGCGUGCUUCUAUCAUCGCCGAAAACAGGGCAAAGAUGUCUAGAGAGCAAAGAGAGGCCGAAGAACAACGCGACAGGCUUCUGGCUAAACUAGAAAGGGAGCAGAGAGAUCAGGAGGACGAACGCAAGCGGAUUCUUGCUGAAAGCAAGAUGAAGCAAGCCAGAGAGCAACAGCGGGCCGAGGAGGAACGUGAGAAGCUCCUAGCCAAGAUAGAGAGGGAGCAAAGGGAGCAGGAUGAUGAACGCAAACGAAUACUUGCUGAGGCCAAGUUAAAGCAAGCGAGGGAGCAACGAGAGGCCGAGGAACAACGUGAGAAGAUCCUGUCUGAAAUGGACAAGAAGAAAAAGCGAGAGCAAGAAGAACGCCAGCGCAUCAUCGACGAGAACACUGCCAAACUUGAGAAGGAAGCGCGUGAGCGUGAGCUCAAGGAGAAGGCCAUGGAACAAGAGCGCAAGCGCAUCAUCGCCGAGAACGAAGCCAAGGUAGCUAAGCAGGCCCAAGAGGCAAAAGAAGCUCAAGAGCGUGCUGUCCAAGAGUAUCAGCGAAAGAAGGCCAAGGAAGAGGCCGAAGCUCAAGCAGAGCAUGACCGUAUCAUCUUCGAGUACGAGCGUAAGAAGGUCUUGGAUGCCGAGAAGGAAAAGAGGGCACGAGACGAACUCAUGAUGAAGAUCAGACUUGAAGAAGAAGCAAAGAAGCAGAAGGACAAAGAGGAGUACGACGCCUUUAUGCGAAAGCAAAAAGCACAAGAAGAAGAGGACAAGAGGAAGAAAGAGGAACAAGAGAAGGAGCUCGAAGAGACGAUGCGCAAGAGGCUCUCUCAGUUCGGCUUCCAAGAUAACCAGAUCCAGGCGCUUGUCCACCCUGAGAGGGAAAGACACCUACAAGCAGGCAUGAUGCCCAACCAUCCCAUGCAUCAAAUUGCACCUCCCCCUCCCCCACCUCCACAGCACCACCAUCACCAUCAGAUUGCCAUUGCACCUCCACCGCCGACAUACGCCAAGAUCCACAGGAGUCAUCUUGAUGUUGAGACGCUGCACUACUACGACAUCCCAUAUGAAUACGAUGUGAACCCAGAGUACAUCAUCGUCCUCCGGGAAAUGUCCCAACGCGAGACUGACAUUCUCUUCGAGCACACUCGUCGUCUCCGCACCGGCCAUGGUAGCAAGCUGUUCAUAGAAUCAGAGGGUCGUGAUAGCAGGGGCAAGAAGGAAUACGCUUUUGUGAGGAAGAAGUCUAGGUCUCGCUCCAGGAGUGUUGUUGGUGCCUCGUCGUCAAGUAGGACGAACGUCAGCUUGGGGGAGAUGUUCUUCAGGUAG